AUGACUACUGCUGUCCUAUCACAUAGUCUCUUCAUACUGACUCUGGUCGGUCUCUGGCGACCCAUUGAUUGGCGCGGCUGGAAGUCUCUCCUUUACAAUUCAUACACUUACUUUGUUGCAUUUGCUAAUUUUGCUUUUAUACUGACUGAGUUGGUAGAUAUAGUAACAAACAGCAGUUCAGUCAACGAUUUAACAAACGGCUUGACCAAGAUAAUGGGUCAGCUUGGCGCGUUCGGAAAAGUCGUUGGGAUAAUGUUGAACCGGAAGAUGAUUCUACAAGGAAUUAAACUUUUGGAAUUAAAACCAUUCAAGCUUGAGGAUCAGGAUGAAAAAAAUAUAAUUUUAAAAAGUUAUAUAACAUUUUUGUAUUUAGCAGUAUUUACCAUUGGCGCCUUAGGAAUUUUAUCGAGUCAAAUGUCAGUGAUGGAAUUCCCGGAUGUCUUACCUUACAGGGCAUGGUUUCCCUACAAUUAUUCAAAACCAAUUUUAUUCCAGACAACUGCAGCUUUUCAGUUAUUUACUUUCUUCAUCGGCGCGUACGUUCACGUUGCUUUUGAUACUCUAUUUCUUCGCAUGAUGUUGUGCGUCGUUGUUCAAAUAAGCGUGCUAGAACAUCGCCUUGAAAUAAUAAUCUCUAGCAUGAAGAAAUUAGUAACAAACAAUAUAAAUUUAAGCAAAGAUGAAGUUAAUACAGGCGAUAUGCUUAUUGAAGAAUGGUCAAUAUUUCUUCAAUAUUGCUUGAGUUCAACUCAAAUUUGCGUUUCCGUCUACACUAUUUCUAACGUACCGUUUUUGUCCGGUGUAUUUAUGAGCGAAGUGCCUUUUUUGAUUGGAACGAUAAUGCAAAUAUUUCUUCUUUGCAUAUCAGCUCACCAUGUUACACUCGAAUUCGACGAUCUCAAUUACUCUGUCUACAGUGUCGAAUGGUUUGACCUGAAUACUUAUCUUCAAAAAUCAAUUUCCAUAAUUAUUUCAAAAACGAUGAAGCCGGUCAUCUUUAAAUCGGGUUAUUUUGUAACUCUAUCGCUCGAAUCAUUCAAACAAGUGAUGAAAUUAUCAUACUCUAUUUAUAAUCUUCUC